GUCUCUCCUCACAACCCUCCUAUCCUUUCACUCUCCCUCAUUUACCCCUUCUUUCCCUUUAUUUUACCUAACUACCUCACCUCCUACUCCUGGUGUAGAACCUCUCUGCCUCCUCCCCUUUCCCCCCUUCAGUGCCUCUCUCUCACCAUCUCUCCCCUUAGUCCCGGUUUUCCCAGAGUUCAUUCUGGCCGGCACCACCAUUCCGGCCAAGGGGGAGGAGGACUUCCUUACGCUGGCCGCCUCCCGGCUCAGCCGCAGGAAACGUGUCAUCGGGGCAGGAGUGGGCGUGGCCAUGGUGCUGGUGCUGCUGGUUGCUAUCCCCUUAUUGGUUCACACCACCAAAGGGGGCGCGUCUGGGGGUGGGAGCACCCAUUAUGAGAUGCUCGGCAGCUGCAAGAUGGUGUGCGACACUUUCACCCCCCCACAGGGAAGCCACGAGCUGACUGCUGUCUCCCCCCAACCCCCAGACUUCACAGGGAGAAGGGGCAAAUCUGGGUUUCGUGGGAGCCCUGGACUCCCUGGCCCCCCAGGCCCCAGAGGUCCCCCAGGAGAACCAGGCAAGCCAGGCCCCCCUGGUCCCCCCGGCCCUGGCCCAGGGGGCUACGUCCCCUCCUUCUACAGCCCCAAGAUUGCCUUCUAUGCAGGCCUCCGCAAACAGCAUGAAGGGAGUGAGGUGUUGAGGUUUGACGACGUGGUGACCAAUGUGGGGAACUACUAUGAACCCAGCACUGGCAAGUUCACCUGCCCCCUACCUGGCAUCUACUUCUUCACCUACCAUGUCCUGAUGAGGGGGGGAGACGGGACCAGCAUGUGGGCCGACCUGAAGAAGAAUGGACAGGUGAGGGCCAGUGCCAUAGCCCAGGAUGCUGAUCUGAACUAUGACUAUGCCUCCAACAGUGUCAUCCUGCACCUGGAUGUGGGGGACGAAGUGUGUGUGCAGCUCGAUGGGGGCAAAGUUCACGGAGGAAACACCAACAAAUACAGCACCUUCUCUGGCUUCCUCAUCUACCCUGACUGAUGGCAUUCACGCGUCACACAUACACACACAAACAUACAACCACACAAACACAUGCAACCACAAACAAACAAUCUCCCAGGCAAACAUAUACAGCACCUUCUUCGGGAUUCUCAUCCAACCUGAUUCUCUAAACCUCUCUCUCUCUCUCUCUCUCUCUCUCUCUCUCUCUCUCUCUCUCUCUCUCUCUCUCUCUCUCUCGCUCUCUCUCUCUCUUUCUAUUGCUAAAACACACACAUUAUUUAAAGAAACAGAUGCAGUGGGAAAAGGAACAUUUAUGUUUGCUCUGUGUUUUUUGUCUUUAAAAGUUUAGAUAAUGGCCAAACCAUAACAUUCCAAACCAAGUGCAGUUACAAUAGAAAAGUUAAUUUAAGACACACACCUACACAUCCAUUCGUUUGUCAUGCUGCAGCACCCUUACUUCCUGCGGCUAUGGGUCCACGGAGGUCCGCCUGAAUAUUACUAUUUACAUUUACGUAGACGCUCUUAUCCAGAGCGACUUAACAGUUAAUGAGUGCAUACAUUUUUCAUACUGGCCCCCCGUGGGAAACGAAUCCGCAACCCUGGCGUUGCAAGCGCCAUGCUCUACCAACUGAGCAACAGGGGACAACUAUGUGUUGUGUAAUUCUGAUAAUAUCCUUGAAUCACAGAUAUUUAAAUUAAACUAACAUGUAAGUAUGUGGUGACAAACAAGAAUAUUGUCAAGACAAAAAAAUAUAUAAUCUUGAUAUGGUGUAUAUUCUUAAAGUUACAUACACUCCCCUCCACAUUUAUGUGGACAGUGAAGAUUUUUAAAAAUAAUCCAGCGUUUUAGAUUUGAGAUAGAAUGUUUCAUGUAAGGCGACAGUACAGAAUGUCACAUUUUAUUUGAGGGUAUUUUCAUACAUAUCCGUUUUACCAUUUAUAAAUCAAAGCACUUUAUGCAUCAAAGCACUUAUAGUUUAUUAAAGUAGUCAAAUGCUAUAAGUAUUUGGUCCCAUAUUCCUUGCACACAAUAACUACAUCAAGCAUGUGACUCUUUUAUUUGCCCAAUAGGGAAUAUAUACAUAAAGUGCUUUCAUUUCUUAACGGUAAAAGAGAUAGCCUAUGUAUGAAAAUACCCUCAAAUAAAAGGUGGCAUUCUGUACUGUUGCUUCAUAUGAAACAUGUGAUCUCAAAUCCAAAAUGCUGGAUAAAAAAAUGUAUUUUCACUGUCCAAAUACAUACGUAUGGAGGGGAGUGUAUAUAUUCACUUCUUAUGCACACACAUCUGUGUGUGUGAUCAUGUAUGUGGAAGCAUACAUGACUCACAUGCAUCACAUGUACACACACACAGAGAGAAAUGCACAAAACACACACACACACAGUGAUUAAUUGACUUCCUCUAUCUAGUGUUGCAUUGACACGAGCUGACCAUUUCGACCACCAGUGUGGAAUUGAGUAAAAUGGUCUCAGAAUGCAGACUGUAAAUCGAACACUGCGAGCUUGGCUGCGGGGCCUCCCGCCUCCCUUCUUCGCUCCGAGAUGGAUUUCCAAUACGGCUGAAGACACCAAACGAGAAAAGUCAUGAAUAUAUUGAUCGGAGCUGAUAAUACACGCAACACCACAAACAUCAUCCAGUAUGGUGUGUGUGUGUAAAGAUAAGUAUCAUGUUGUUGUUAGUUUUACCCACAUGGCCCCUGGCUACAGCUAUGGGGGGGGGGGGGGGGG